AUGCCCUGCAAUCGAUGCGCCAAUUUGGGCAAGGCCGCCGAGUGUAGAGAGUCCGUGCCGCUCUCCACCCUCAACUCUUCCGCCUCCUCUUCCCCUUCCACCCAAGCCUCUUCUUCCUCUACGUCAUCUUCAUCUUCCUCUACUUCGUCAUCUUCUUCAUCUCCCUCCUCCUCCUCUUCUGCCUACCAACCCCUGCACAAGCGACAGAAGGUCGCGCCCGCCUUCAUCUCGCCUGCACCCGGGCCUGGAGGCACUCCUGCGCCCUUCCUUCUCGCCAGCCACGCCCCUCUCGCCGCCGCCGCCGCCGCCGCCGUCAACAGCAACGGCGUACCCUUCGUCCCCGCCGCCCACCUGGCCGGCUUUCCGCCUGGCGCGUUCUUGCGACCGCUGCCGCUGGCUUCGUUCUUCGCAGCUUCGCCCGGGGGAGGAGCGCUGCCGGCGCCGCCGACUCCGGGCCAGGCGGCCGCAGCGGCGUGGAUGGCCGCCGAGGACCGGCAGAGCGGGCGGGAGAAGGAGAAGCAGGAAACGCAGGAGAUGGAGCGCGAGCGCGAGCGUGCGCAGAGGGCGCAGCAGCGGGAGAAGGAGCAGCGGGAGCGCGACACAGAGCAGAAGGAGCAUCGGCUGUUGGAGAAGCAGCUCGAGCGCGAACGACAUAUGAACGAGCUGGUGGUGAACCUCCUCAACGAAAUCAAACUCCUCAAGACAACCACGCGACAGCUGCGAGGCGAAUCAGAGCACCUGCGGAAGCAGAUCGCCUCGCUGCAGGUGGAGCGAAAGAAUUCGCCGCCCAGCGAGCAGAUGGAGCCCUCCUUCGAUCGCCCGCUUCUCAUCUCCUCCAAUUCCGCCGCCAGCUGGAUCCCCUACUCCAAUCCCUCCCAGCCACACACCAUGCCUCCAGGUCAGUCCCUAAUCAGCAGCGUCUUUCCGCCCAUGUCGGAAGCCAACAUCGCCUUCGUGGUGGAUGACGACAACAAACCCUUCUGUCUCAUCAAGCGACAGCCGCUGGCGGACGAUCGGGUGGCGAUCAUACAUUCGAUGAAUGCUGCCUGGACCAAAGUGCUCCUGUACACCUCGGAGGAACUCACGGGGCAGAGCAUAAGAAAGGUGGUCGAGGACGCCAGCCUGCGCGAGUCCCGAAACCGCAUCAACUCCUUCCACGCCCAGCAGUUUUUCUAUGACGCGGUCACCCGAGAGCCGCUUUGGUCGCUCCUGUGCAUCGACGGCGUUCGCGACUCGGAGAGAGAGCAGCACCAAAAGUUCUCGCCGUGCUCGUCGCCCGAUCCGCUCAUGCAACGCGGCAGCCCGCAGGCGCGGCCCGCCGGCCCGUAUCCCCACAAACCCAGCCCGCCCUCAUCGGUCUCGAACGGAUUCGGCCGAGCCGGCAGCAGUCGAGGCAGCGCCGACAAUGACGACCGAGACGAAGAAGCAGCGAAAGACAACACCGCCCGCUCGUCUUCGUCAUCGUCGCCAUCGCCAUCGUCGACGACGACAGGUGGAGGCGACGCGGCGGAGCGACACAUGUACAGCAGAGAUAGAGCGGAGCCGGACAGCCAGCAGGGCGGCGACGCCGACUGGAUGACCGCGACACGAAUGCGAGCCGACGACGCACAACGUAGAGGAGGCGGUGGUGGUGGAGGAGGUGGUCAGCACGUCAUCACGAACCAGGCGAGCGACAAAGGCAACAGCGACGGCGACGGCCGGAUGAUGGGGUGGGGCAGCAGCAUGAUCACGGACCCGCGACAGGGAGAAGGCCGGGAGGCUGGUGGAACGAGUCAGUCACAGCAGCAGCAGCAGCAGCAGCAGCAGCGACGAGUCCCGCCACCGCUCUCCCCGGCCACGCUCGAUCUGCUCAACUCGCUCAACAACAUCCAGUCGUGGCCCUGA